AUGAGUAACAUUAAACGUAUCCUUACUAUUUCUGGUGUUGCUGCAGCAAUUAGUGUGGCAGGCUAUGCAGUUUGGUUUGACUAUCAAAGAAGAAAUAACGCUGAAUUUAGAAAGAAUUUAAGACAAAGGGCAAAAAAACAAAAGAAGAAAGAUGAGUUAGAGGCUAUGGAGGCCAAAAAGGCACGUGUUUCUGCCGUAUUACAAUUUUUGAGUGAAGAAUUGGAAAAAGAUCCUAUCUCUACUGAUCCAACCGAAAUGGAAAAAGUCUUUACAACAAAUGUCGAAUAUGGUGAGAGAUUAUCAAUGGUCCCAGGUAAUGAAAUGGAGGCGGCUGUUAAAUUUUAUAAAGCGUUAGCUGUUUAUCCUAACCCAGCCGAUUUAUUGGGUAUAUAUCAAAGAACUAUACCAGAGAAUAUCUAUGAAUAUAUUGUUAUUAUGAUUGCUGUUAUCCCACCUGCUAAUAUCACAUCGUUCAUUAAUACAGGUGCAGCAGAAAAUUCUAACUCUACUAAAACUAAGAAUGAAGAAGAGCCAUUAAUAACUGAAUUAACUCCAGGUAUGGAAGAAAACGUCAAAAAUAUUGAAGCUGUUGAAGAAUCUGCUACUAUCGAUGAACAUGAAACAAAAGAAGAAAAAAAAGAAGAGGAGGGAGAAAAAGAGGGAGAAAAUAAAGAAAAGCCUAUGACUGAGCAAACUACUGAAGAACGUAUUGAACAAUAA